CCUGGGUGGCUCAGUCGGCUAAGCACGCCAAUCCACUCAGGUCACGAUCUCGAGGUUUGUGAGUUCCGGUCCCAUAUUGAGGGGUCUUCACCGACAAUGCUUGGGAUUCUCUCUCUCUCAAAAUAAACUUAAAAAAUAAAAUAAAAUGCAGUUAGAAUCGCAUGGACGAACCCUCCUAGGUCUAAGCGAUUAGGGCUCCUCCACUCACACAAGGGAUGCGGAGACCCCUAUUUCUCCCCGGGCUCUGGGGUGUGUCCCCCACUAUUAUCUGCUGUUCAGAUCCAUCCUCUGUCCCAACCCCACGGGAUGUUUUUGUGCCUGGCUGACCUGGGCUCGAAAGUCACGAACAGUUGCUCUCCAUAGAAACUACAACUUCCAUCAGGCACUACUUCAGCGGAACAGGAAAGGAUGUGGGGGCGUGGCCCCAACGCCCUGGUAGCUCGGAAAACAAACUACAACCCCCAGGACAGCGCGAGAUCUCAGCGGAGGGAAGAGUGACUGAGCUCUGGCUGGAGGCGAGGCCCGCCCGGAACCACCAGGCCGGCGGCCAGAAGGGGGCGUGGUCGCAAUGGGGGGCGUGGCCCUGGGAGCUACAGGAAGAAGACACCUGUUGAACCUUUCCAUCCGUUCCCUUCCCAGCCCUUGCAGCUGCCCCUGAGAGGGAAGCCGCAGGCCACAAGCCUCUUCCCUUCCCAAAUAGCCCCAAACGAUUGAGCUGCAUGGCUUCCGCGGUCUGGGGGAGUGCGCCCUGGUGGGGCCCGCCGCCCCCAGCCCCCGCCCGGCCGCUCACGGACAUCGACUUUUGCUCUGGGGCGCAGCUGCAGGAACUAACCCAGCUGAUCCAGGAGCUGGGUGUGCAGGAAAGCUGGAGUGACGCGCCCAAGCCGGGGCCAGACCUCCUCCGGGCCAAGGACUUUGUCUUCUCUUUGCUGGGUCUUAUUCACCGCCGGGACCCCCGCUUUCCUCCCCAAGCGGAGCUCUUGCUGCUUCGUGGAGGGGUUCGCGAGGGCUCCCUGGAUCUGGGACCUGCACCCUUAGGUCCCUACGUCCGGGGACCUCAUUACGACGCCGGCUUUACACUCCUAGUGCCUGUGUUUUCGCUAGACGGCACCGGGCAGGAGCUGCGACUGGACGUGGACUCCUCUUACGCGUGGCUGUGCCUCCCAGAGCGCAUACGCGGAACCUCGGUCCGGGAGGCAUGGCAGGAUUGCCUAGGACCUCCAGCCCCAGGAGGACGUGAUUCCACCCACCGAACCGAAAGUGAAGGAAGUCCCAAGAGCCGGCAAAGCUCCGUGGACCGGCCGCACGGUUCUGUCACUGAGGCUGAUCCAAACGUGGCUUUGGAAAAAGCACCUCCUAACGUUUCGGGGCAAGAGCCGCCUGGGCAAGGCAUCAUGGAUCUUGGCUUUCCCACCCCGCUGGAAAACCUGAAUGGUGACGUCACGAAAGCAGCCGUCGUUAGCCCAGGCCUGCAGCAGACGGAGGGGUGGGAGGCGUGGCCCACGCUUUGCCCCGCCCAGGUGGCCGCGUGGUUCUUUGCUUCGCUGGCCGCGGUCGCCGAGUCCCUGUUCCCGGUCCCGGGUGCCCCGCGCUUGGUCCACGCAGCCCGCCACGCGGGGUUCACCACCGUCCUCCUGGCUACGCCGGAGCCCCCGCGCCACCUCCUGCUCUUCGACCUGAUUCCCGUGGUGUCGGUGGCCGGCUGGCCCGAGGGCGCUCGGAGCCACUCGUGGGCCGGCCCGCUGGCCUCCGAGUCGUCAUCCUUCUACCUGGUGCCCGGCGGCCACAGCGAGCAGCCAGGCGCCUCCGGCUGGCAGCUCUGCUUCGCCCGCCAGGAGCUGGCGCUCAAGGCGCGCAUACCCGCUCCGCUGCUGCAAGCGCACGCGGCGGCCCAGGCGCUGCUGCGCCCGCUGGUGGCCGGGACCCGGGCCGCGGCGCCCUACCUCCUGCGGACGUUGCUCUACUGGGCUUGCGAGCGGCUGCCCGCGCUCUAUCUCGCGCGGCCGGAGAACGCGGGCGCCUGCUGCCUCGGGCUGCUGGAUGAGCUGGGCCGUGUGCUCGAGGCCGGGACGCUGCCCCACUAUUUCCUGAGCGGCCGAAAGCUCCGUGCGGGGGACGGCGCCGCUGGGCUGCUCGGGGCGUUGGCCGGGCUCCGCGGGGACCCUGCCCGGGCCCUGCGCGCCGCGGUGGAGGAGGCCAAGGCUGCGCGCAAGGGGGGCGGCUUAGCUGGCGUGGGAGGCGGGGCCCAUUAAAGACGCCGCUCCUACCCGCGUGGAAAGUGCUUCUGUUGGCCGGCGGGGUGUGGUGGGGGGGGCCGCCGGCCCCUCGCCUGGAAGGCAGGCUGAGCGUCCUGGGCCCGAAGAUCAGUCUGGAAGGCUUCCUCGCGGGUCGUUCCCCACCCUCCUGCCCCGUCCCCAGGCCCUGACCUGUGGUCGUCCCACUUCUGGCCCCUCUGCUCCUCGGAUCUGUGGCCAGCACCCCUCCCCGCCCGGUGCUUCCUCAGGCAACCAUCUUCCCCAAUUCUUAUGGUCUUUUCUCUUAGGAGUCAGUAGGGAA